GUGGAGGGAACCAGAAGCGAAGUAUAUAUUUGAUUUUAGCUACGAAAGAUGCCAUUUUUGCUAAUUGUGGCGGGAGAAUGCCGUAAGAGUCCCUCCUCUUCCAAACCCAUUUCCAUUACUAUCCCUCUCUCUCUCCUCGGAGAAAAAAUCUCUCCCUCAAUCGAUUCUUUUUGUUCUGUGCUUCAAUUUGAUCGCCUUCAGGUCUCUCAAAACUCCAUAUGAGAUUUGGAUUCUGAGAACUGGGUUUGGACUAUCAGAAGUGGAGUGUUGUUCGAAGUUACUACAGGGUUUGAUUUGUAAUGGCUGAAGUUUUCGAUGAUGAAACUGAACAGACAAUUUCUAUUCAGGAGUAUCUGAAGGAAGUUGAGGAACAGGAGCUGGAAGCGGAUUUAGUUUUGGGAGGUGACGAAGGAAAGGAAUGUACUUACAGCAAGGGUUAUAUGAAGAGACAAGCCAUUUUCUCAUGUCUAACUUGUACCCCUGAUGGAAAUGCUGGAGUUUGCACAGCUUGUAGCUUGUCAUGCCAUGAUGGACAUGAGAUUGUGGAACUAUGGACCAAAAGGAACUUCAGGUGCGACUGUGGAAAUUCAAAAUUUGGAGACUUUGUCUGCAAGCUGUUCUCAAACAAAGAUGUAGAAAAUUCCAACAAUUCGUAUAAUCAUAAUUUUAAAGGAUCAUACUGCAUAUGCAAUCGCCCUUAUCCUGAUCCAGAUGUUGAAGAGCAGGUGGAGAUGAUUCAGUGCUGUAUGUGUGAGGAUUGGUUUCAUGAGGAACAUCUUGGUCUCAGUACCAUAGAUGAGAUUCCAAGAGACGAAGAAGGGGAGCCCCUAUACGAGGACUUCAUAUGCUCAGCAUGUUCAGCAGUUUGUUCUUUUCUGAGUCAAUAUCCUUUGUCUAUUUGGUCUGUGGGAAGGCAGUCUGAUAUCUCCUUGGAUGCUAGCAACAAAAAUGAUGCUCCAGAACACACACUUCCAGCUAGUACAUCUGUGAAGCAUGAUGAUGUUAAUCCUCACGAUUCUGCCAAUGUGGAUUUUACAGUAGCUACUGACAAAUCUGCAGGAAAAGACAGCAUGCUUAGCGAACUUCCUGAGCACAAUUCUAGUUCUAGCGAAUCAAUUAAAGAUAACAAUCAAACUGAUAGUUGUGUGCUUGGAACUUCUUCAUCUGCUUCCAUAAUCGUUGAAAACAAGCCAAUGUUUCUUUUAAAGAAUUGGAGGGGUGCCUUGUGCAGAUGUGAAAAAUGCAUCAAUAAUUACAAGCUGAAGAAUAUUAGUUUCCUGCUAGAUGAAGAGGACUCCAUUGCUGAGUAUGAGAAAAUGGCAAAACAGAAGAGGGAAGAGAAAUUACUGCAACAAGAGGGUGCCGAGUCAAAGUUAUUUGAUAACCUUGGCCAUGUGGAGAAAAUUGAGAUUCUAAAUGGCAUUGCAGAUAUGAAGAAUGAGAUUCAUACAUUCCUGGAAUCAUUCGAUUCGUCGAAGCCUAUUACAUCUGCAGAUAUACACCAGGUUUUUGAGAAUCUAGCUAAAAAGAGACGUCGUACUGAAUGAAUUCUCUUAGAAGCUUCAAUAUAUUUCAGGAUAUAUAAAGGGAGUAAUCUGCCGCUGGUCUAGGAGUUCUGAAGUUGUGCUGACUACUGAAUAUACGUAUUUGGGGUGGUUUCUUUUAGAAUUCUGUAUGGUAAAACUGUUAACUAUGAAACUUAAUUUUCUUUGAGAUCUAGAUUAUGCUUUCAGAAACGACUUGUUUUCGGAAACCUUGUUAACUACCGGAGGUGCCGACCCCUGUGGUUUAAGCUGUAAAAUUAACUUAGUUUCAGACCUUUUUCUAAUAUAUGUCAGACCUGUUUCUGAUGUA